GGCUCGUGGCUUGAAUUUGGACACGGUGCAGGAACAUCAUUUGCUCCCUUGCUUCAGGGCCAGAGACAGCAGCUGUGAGAAGAGGAGGAUGGAGGGGCCGUCCCUUGUCAGCAGACCUUGCUAUCUGGAACCGCUCACCGUAGAAAACCUUCUCCGAAUGCGGUGCAAGCUGGAGUCCGAGGGCCAGAUGACCCGGGAGCGGAAGGCCCGCUUUAACGGGGUGCUGAGAACGGUCAAAGAAUCCGAGCUGGUGCAGAGCAACGCGAGGACGGUGAUCGAGUGUGACGGGGGAGACCUGGAAUAUCUCUGCAGCGACGGAGGAGAAACCGUCUUCGUCCUGUGCCAAGGCGGAGAACCCCUGUAUAUCGGGAAGAAAAGGGACAGUGAUUCGUACCCUUCGCCGCCGCUCCCCGAGGCAGAACGGCUGAGUAUCAGACACCUCCUGGGGGCGAUGAGCAGGCUGGAAACCCAGCACCGCAUGACGGAGGAGCUGAGAACUUGCUUUGAAUGUGCCCUGGAGAACUUCCGCAAAGAACCCAAUUUUGUCCAAGAGAACGCCCGGUUGGUGAUCAGCUGCGAGGGAAAGGAGCGGCAUUUUGCAUCUGGGAACGGGGAGAACGAAUUCGUGGUGUACCUGCAGGAUGGCAAACCCCGGUACGAGAGCCAGGUGCUGGGAUGGGGAGCCUACCUUUUUAAAAUGCUGGCCAGGUUGUUUUAAAGUUUGCAGGGUGGACCGGAUUUUAACUAGAAGACAGCUGGGAAGAAAACAAACCAACAAAAAAGAAGCACUAACCCAAAUCAGCCAACGAACCAGCUCAACCAAACCAAAGUCAACCAACUCAACCUCUCUUAUUCUAUGAAGACAGAUUAAAAAGACUAGGAGCUUUCAUCUUAGAAAAGAGAAGAUUAUGGGGGCGAU